AUGGAUCCAAAACAAGCUUCCGGCACCCCACCGCCACCGCCGCCACCACGCCCCGGCAUGAAGAAAAAGAAUGAACAUUGGGUUUGGAGAAGAAAAGAUAAAGGAGAAACACUCGAUUCAAAGAAACAGGAAGUAAAAGAAACAACAAAUUCAGAAAAAGAAAGAUCCUCAUCUCAACCACCACCACAUUCAUCAUCACCACCACCACCACCAUCGCCAUCUCAUUCCAAUGCACCACCACAGUCAUCAUCGCAGCCACCACCGCAGUCAUCAUCGCAACCACCGCCACAGUCAUCAUAUCCGCCACCGCCACAGUCAUCAUAUGAACCACCACCGCCAUCUCAUUCCAAUGCACCACCGCUAUCUUCAUCACCCCGGCCACCACUACCUCCUAUAUUGCUGCAAAGAGAAGCUUUAUUAAAGAAACCAGCUCCAUCCAAAGAACCAUCUUCACCGGCGCCACAAGGACCAACAAUCGAUUCUAUUGCACCAAUACGUUCACCGCGGCCGCCACAACUAUCUUUAUGGCGGCGAAGGCAAGCUUCACGGCAGCAACGAACAUCACCCUCCUCCGAUUCUUUUCCACCACCCUCUUCCAGGCAGGAACCAUCUCAAUCUAUGUUGCAGCUAUGGCUAUCGGAGCUACCACUACCAGACCCUGAUAUUGAUCAACCACCACCAUCACCAAAAUCAUCAUGCGACUCUACUACAUCAUCUCCUCCAUCGCAGCCAUCAUCGCCUUCUUCAUCGCUGUCAGAGCCAGGAUCACCUUCUUUAGCCGUGCCAGAACUACCAAAGAGUCACCUCAAGUUAAUUUGCUGCGAGCCAUAUCGCAAACUAGUGAUGGGAUACAAUUUCCAUAGUGUUCAUCGUCGCAUCCACAGCACCCAUGUGUAUUGCUGCGAAGGCUAUCGCAGAAACCGAUUCAGGUCUUCAAUGGCUCCAUUUGUACGAAGAGCUGUAGGUCCUGAAUGGUUUACUCUAGAGUUUCCUGCAACAUCUCCUGAUCACCAAGCUGAGUCUUUGGCUAUUUGGGAAGCUUUUCUUACCCCGAGGUUAUUCUAUCACCGCCUUCGACCUUCUAAAGCUGUUGCUCGAAAGAGAAAGGUUAAAGCAACUCCUGCGCAGAAAGAUUCUGAGGCCUCGAAGAGCAAUAAGCCAAGUGGGAGCGAUUCUAUUACGACUGACGCGAAACCCACGAGUUCGAAGCCUCCAAUGCCUUCGAAGCGAAAAGUUCUUCCAACUACUACUCCAGACGUUGCUUCGGAUGAGGAAGACAAGUCUCCUCCUCGUGUCAGGCAAGGGCAUAAAAAGAUACAAAAGGUCACCACACCUGUGGGCAAAGGGAAAGGACCUGGGUCUUCGAAGAUCACUUCUUCGAGUUAUAAGGUGUCUUCUGAAGAAUCGCCUUUAAAAGCCACUAGUAAUGCUCUCGUGAUGGAAAGCCACAAUUCAAGUCCAGCCACUAAUACAGCUAAGGAUGAUAUUGGAACAACUACUUCUGAUUUCAACUCCUUCAACGCUGCCAUUGACCUUGGUAAUCUUCAAGAUGUCCCUCAACACACCUCUCAUAUACUUUCACCAGUCCUCGAAGACGCUCCUCCUCUUGCCACUAUCAAUACUGUAUCCUCUGUUGAAGGAAGCCAUUCGACUGAUGAUUCUCCUCCUACUCGCAAAGACGCAAACAUGGGUGAGGAGGACCAAUUCUCAGGCGAAGAUAAUGCAGCUGUACCAUCGACUGGGAGUGAGGACACCGUAUCUGAUCAAGGUGUCGUGGAAGAAACCUCCAAGUUGAUCGAAACUGACCUCUGUGGAAAUUCAAAUUUCGAAACUCUUCAGUCUAACAUUCUUCGACAGAACAAUGUUAAUGAGCAGCUUGCUACAAAAAUGGCUUCUCAUAGUUCUUCAUGGAAAGCUGCCACUGAGCAAGAGAUUAAGAAACUCGAAGAGAAGAUACAGGAAGCUGAAUCUCGCCAAGCAACCAUUCGACAAACCAAUGAUCAAGAGAUAGCUGAAGUAGCGCGACUAGGUAUCCAACACUUCGAAGCUGCGCAGAAAUUGGUGCCAGAGAUCGAAGAGUUAAAGAAGCAACGAGCAUUGCUUGAGCUUCGUAUGUCUUCGUGGGAGGCUCAGUAUUCGAAGAUCAAAGAUAGCCUUCCUAGGGAUUUCAGUUAA